GAAUCGUGUUGGUAGUUUUAUCACUUUGAGUUUCUAGAUUAUAAACGGUCACGUGAUAUAAUCACAUGAUUUUCGAAGGAAGACUACACAAACAAUUUAGUAAAAACUGAAACUUGUUUUGUCAUGCGGCUUCUUUUGUUUUCGUUGAUUUUGCCGUUUGUACUUGGUGGAGCUAUUCCAGGAAAGGAGAAAUGUGUAUGGGGACCUCCAUACUGGUGUAGUCAUGUGACACAUGCACGAGAAUGUGGAGCUACACAACAUUGUCUACAGACUGUAUGGAAAAAUCAGAUCAUCAAACCUGAAUCUAUUAAGACGUGUACGUAUUGUGAACUUAUUGUGAAUGCCUUUAGAGAUGCCAUACAGCAGCCACCAACACAGACUCAGAUUGAGGCUGUGUUGGCCAAUGUGUGUGCUAUUCUCCCAGAUUCUGACACCAGAGAUAUGUGUCAAGGAAUAAUUAAGGAAUAUGUCCCAGAGCUGAUACAGAUGUUUGAAAAUGAUAUUACAACAGACAUGAUCUGUGCGACACUUGGUUUAUGCUCGGGUCUGGAGGAUAGAUGGAGUCCAUUUGGAGUUAAAGCCUCCAACAGUACAGACUACUGUAGUGAUUGUACCAGGUUCUUCACAGAUGUACAGCAGAGUAUUACAUCUAAUGAAACAUUGAAUCAGUUAUUACAGCUACUGAAUCAAACAUUAUGCAAUGAACUUGGUGUCUUCAGUGAAACAUGUAUAGAUCUUGCCAAGCAAUAUCUGCCUGUUGCCUUACAGACUUUAGCCAGUCAACUUGACCCAAACAUCGUGUGUAGGAUAUUUGGCUUUUGUUCAACUAAUAGUGAAAUAGACCAGGCUAUCAUGAUGAAGAAUAUCUUCAAUGAAAGAUCUUCAAAGGAUGUUAUAAAGUACAGAUCUGAUGAGGAGUGUGUACUUUGCCAAGAUUUUGUCAAGGAAUUAGACACCUUAAUGGAAGAUCCAGCAAAACAGACGAAGCUGUUUAACUUGAUCAAGAACAAUUUCUGUGCCGAGACUGGAUCAUUUAUUAUUCAGUGUCACCAUUUGGCAGAUGGAUAUAUCCGUCCAUUGAUUACAAUCAUAGCCAAUAAAUUACAAAUGGAUCCAACGAUCACAUGUAAGAUUGUUGGUCUGUGUGCCUCAGCUGACGUCAAGGAUGAUAUGCAGCAGAUGAUGAAGAAAAUGUUUACAGUUAGAAAAUCCAAGGGUGUUAUAACAUCUGAUGAGGAGUGUGUACUUUGCCAAGAUUUUGUCAAGGAAUUAGACACCUUAAUGGAAGAUUCAGCAAAACAGACGGAGCUGUAUACCUUGAUAAGGAAAUAUUUCUGUUCCAAGACUGGGUCAUUCGGUAGUCAGUGUCACCAAUUGGCAGAUGCGUAUAUUCGUCCAUUGAUUACAAUGCUAGCCAAUAAAUUACAAAUGGAUCCAACAAUCACAUGUAAGAUUGUUGGUCUGUGUGCCUCAGCUGACACCAAGGUUGAUAUGAUGCAGAUGAUGAAGAAAAUGUUUACCAUUAGAAAAUCCAAGGGUGUAGUUGGGAACAAGGUUGGAGAUGAGGAAUGUGAUGUAUGUAAAGAUUUAAUUAAUCAGGUUGAUGAACUGAUCAGAGAUAAAGCUAAUCAGGACAAGUUUAUUUAUGAGGUGAAGAACGUUGUCUGUCCAGAACUUGGCACUUUACAAGAUCAAUGUAAAGAACUUGUUGAUGAGUAUGCCCCUAUGUUGUUUGAACUUCUUGUGAAUGAACUGGACCCAUCAACUUUCUGUGAAGAAGUUGGUUUUUGCCCGGUUCCCAGUGUAACUACUGUUGAACUAACAAAGGUUGAGGAACCAGCAGGUAUGGUAGGAGCAGGCUAUGUGAAACAGUCAGAGGAAUGUACCAUUUGUCUAACCAUUCAGACAUACGUGGAUAAUCUUCUUAAGAAGAAUGACACUGUUAAAACAAUUGAUGAUUUACUGGACAAGGUGUGUAAAAGGCUGCCAACCAAGUUACUGGAUGAACAUUGUGAAGAUUUUGUUCAGAAAUUUGGACAUGAAAUGAUUGAUAAACUCUCCAAAGAGAAUGUGUGUCAACUAAUUGAUGUCUGCCCUAAACAAAAAGCGCAAGUAAAGAAGAUAUCAGAUGGGAAAUGCGAGCUGUGUCAGUUGUUUGUUUCUGUAUCAGAAUCCUUGGUGGCCAACGUGUCUGAGGAUGUAAUUUUGAACGACCUUAGAGGACUGUGUAGCGUUAUACCAGGAAAUUUUUCAGCGACAUGUUUGAAUUAUGUAAAUGUUUAUGGACCUUUGGUAAUCAGUGCUUUGAAGACAAAAGAAGAUCCAAAGACACUAUGUCAACUUAUGACUGCAUGCCCAGCAAAACACCUACCUUACAUGACUAAACCAAUUCCGGAAACAUUACCUGCAUUGAAAGCUCCUUCAAAAGAGUGUGAAUUCUGUGACACAGCUGUUGUUAUGGUAAAAUAUUUACUGGAAAACAAGGCAACUGAGGCUGAAUUAGAAAAGGCUUUGGAUGGACUAUGUAAAUAUGCAUCUUCGCUGGCACCAGUAUGUACAAGUCUUGUGGCACUUUAUGGAGACAAGAUUAUUGCCUUGGUGAUCAGCGAAUUGAAUGCCAAUGAAAUAUGUAGUACACUUAGACUUUGCACGGAAAUGAAGAAACAGGCCCCAGCUCUGUCAGCAAUUAUGUCCCCUUAUGAUAUACUCCCAGUGGGAAAAGUUGUAGAGAAUGAAAAAGCAUCUGUGAAGGUCCCAUCAAAGGAAUGUGAAUUGUGUGAUACUGUAGUUGUUAUGAUAAAAUAUUACUUGAACUCAAAUCAAACAGACGAUGAAAUCAAGGCUGCAAUGGAGGCAUUAUGUGGGGAGAUUCCUGCCGAAGAGAUUUCAGGAUUAUGCAAGUCCCUGGUGGAUCAGUAUGCAUUUCAGAUUAUUGAGCUACUACGAAAAGAGUUGAAUGCUACAUAUAUUUGUACAAAGUUGGGCUUUUGCAAAGCUCUAACAAAACAGGUGUCUGCUGUAUCAGUGAUUAUGUCCCCUUAUGAUACUCUUCCAAUUGUAAAUCCAGUGGAAAAUAAACCAGUUGUACAGACAUCAGAACAGUGUGAGUUAUGUAAAGAGGCUAUCAACAUGAUGAAGUCCUACAUCACGAAAAAAUCAACAAGGGAGGAAAUUAAGAAGGUUGUAGAAACAUUCUGUACGAAAGUUCCGUCUGUAUUUAAAUCAAAGUGUGAUAAUCUGAUACAACAAUAUGGAGAUAUUAUCAUUAACUUACUGGUACAAGAGGCUGAUGCUGAAAAGAUCUGUGAAGAAAUUAAACAAUGUGUUGCAUCUAUAUCUGACAUUAUGUCACCAUAUGAUACACUUCCUAUUGUACAACCUGUCAGUAAUGAUAAAGUGUCAGAGAAAGCAGGUAAUGUGGUAGAAUGUGAGGCCUGUAAAUACGUCAUGAACUUCUUAGAUAAGGAGUUACAGAAUAAUAAAACUGAGGAAAACAUUAAAGCAGCAUUGAAAGAGAUCUGUUCUAAGAUGCCCAGCGAGAUAAAAGACCAGUGUACAAAGCUUGUUGAUCAGUAUGCCCAAGCAGUAAUCAACUUUCUGAUAAUGGAUAUGAGCCCAGAUGAAAUAUGCAAGGCUUUAAGCCUCUGUGAUUCUAAAGUUAAACAGCUUCCUAAACCAGUACAUGUUAAAUUACUGAAAGAUGCCAAAGGAGCUGUUGCUGGCCCAACAGAGUGUGAAGUUUGUAAAAUUGUUUUGAAAGUUGUUGACACCUUCCUUGGAGAAAAUCGAACAGAGGCAUCUAUCAAAGAAGUACUUGACAGAGUAUGUAGUGCUCUCCCAGAUACAAUCAGCAGUGAAUGUGAACAACUAGUGAACACAUAUAGUGAUGUGUUGAUUAAAUUGUUGUUACAAAACUUAGACCCUGAAACCAUCUGUAAACAGAUAAAACUAUGUACAGCACAGACAAGGAAAACAGAAGGCACUAUAAAAGCAAGUGUUACAUGUGUGAUAUGUGAAUUUGCUCUCAAAGAAAUAGAUGAUUAUCUCAAAGGGAACAGAUCUGUGGCUGCUAUUACAACAGCUUUAGAGGAAGUGUGCUCAUUGAUGCCUGACACUAUAACGACAGAAUGUAAAGAAUUUGUUGACAAAUACAGUAAAGUAAUCAUCAGUCUGCUUGUACAGAAUAUAGAUCCUACAACAAUCUGUACUAGAAUUGGACUGUGUACAGGAAAAUCUGUCUCUUCGUUAGAGAAUAUAAUACCACUGAAAACAAAGGGCACUAUAAAAGCAAGUGUUACAUGUGUGAUAUGUGAAUUUGCUCUCAAAGAAAUAGAUGAUUAUCUCAAAGGGAACAGAUCUGUGGCUGCUAUAACAACAGCUUUAGAGGAAGUGUGCUCAUUGAUGCCUGACACUAUAACGACAGAAUGUAAAGAAUUUGUUGAAAAAUACAGUAAAGUAAUCAUCAGUCUGCUUGUACAGAAUAUAGAUCCUACAACAAUCUGUACUAGAAUUGGACUGUGUACAGGAAAAUCUGUCUCUUCGUUAGAGAAUAUAAUACCACUGAAAACAAAGGUGCUGGGCAACCUGAAAUCAAGUGUAGUUACAUGUGAAACAUGUAAAUAUAUUAUGAGCUAUGUGAAGACUUUACUGAAGGACAACAAAACAGAGGCUGCAGUUCAAGAAGCUCUGGACAAAGUAUGCAGUUAUCUCCCUGCACAAAUAUCAGAUCAGUGUACAGCUUUUGUGAACGAGUACACAGAUAUGGUUGUUCAGCUUAUAGCCAAUGAUGUCUCCCCUGACCAAGUGUGCACUGCUAUUGGACUGUGUUCAUCAGGGAAAAAAUCUCAGUGGGGAGCAUUUGUUAAAAUCCUUCCUGAUAAACAGAAAGAAAAUGGAAAGCUGCAGUCAAGUAUAAAAUGUGUGAUCUGUGAGUUUGUGAUGUCCAAGUUGAAGGAUAUACUAAAAGACAACAAGACUGAGGCUGCAGUUCAAGAAGCUCUGGACAAAGUAUGCAGUUAUCUCCCUGCAUCAAUUACAAAUGAGUGUACAUCUUUUGUGAACGAGUACACAGAUCUAGUUGUUAAGCUUAUAGCCAAUGAUGUCUCCCCAGACCAAGUAUGCACUGUUAUUGGACUGUGUUCAUCGGGGAAAAAAUCCCAUUGGGGAGCAUUUGUUAAAAUUCUUCCUGAUAAACAGAAAGCAAAGUCAGAUUUUUGUGGGCCAUGUAAGUUUUUGGUGGAUCAAUUGCAAGAGUUUUUGAAGGAGAAUAGAACAGCUAAAGAAAUUGAAGAAUAUAUGCGUAAACUUUGUGAUAUAUUACCAGAUACUGUUACAGCACAGUGCCAUGAUGUUGUAGACCAGUACAUUCCAGCCAUACUGGAUCUCAUUGGACAAAAUCUUAAACCAGAAGAAAUAUGCAAGCAACUUGGAUUCUGUAAUGCCACAGUAGCCCAGAAGAAGGAUGACAAAACUUUGUUCUUUAAAUCUCACAAACUGGUUGGGACAAACAAAUGCACAUACGGACCUGCCUAUUGGUGUGCUAAUAAAGACAAUGCUGCCGAAUGUAAUGCAAUGGAGCACUGUUUGAGACAUGUGUGGAACUAAAGUCCAUCAAUAUUUGUAUUUUGAAGAUUCUCCACAUUAUUCCAGCAUAACUAACUUACUUUGAAGUAUUCACCUAGGUUGUCACAUUAUAUGAAAGGGAAAAAGCAAAAUAAAACAUAGAAUAAAAAUUGUUAUCAAAAUAUUUAUGUUCCUAAAUAAUAAAAGUAUAUGGUAACCAAUGAUUUAUCAGAAAAAAAGACAAGUUUGAUUUUUUCUUCAUUUUUUGUUUCAUUUGUCAGGAUUGUGUUUUAUUAUCAUUCCAUAAGUGUACAAAAUAUUUAUAUUACAAUUCUCAUGAAGCAAUAUAAAGGUUGAUUGUAAAGGUUUGUUAUAUAUCAUCAUGUAGAUAGGAUACAUAAGUAUGCUUUGAUUUAUUUUCAAUGCAGAAUAUUAGUUUGUAUGUCAACAUUAGAAAACAAACAAAAAAUCUUUAGGGUUUCAUGGCAUCAUUUUCUUGAUUGAAAUGUAGACAUUCAAUUUAAACAUCAGGUUAUUGCCAUCAAAGUUAGCCAAGUGUGAUUUAGAGAAAUUUAGUUUUAAAUAGCUUUGAUUCUUUAUAAUAUUGAUAAAGUGGAACAAUUGGCACCAGUUAAACCUUGAUACUUGUUUAAAGACAUACUGUAAUGAAUGUUCAAUCAGAAAUUUUAGGUCUGACUUAGAAAUGAUUUUAUGUCUGCUUAGUUGUAAGAUUGUUGUAUGAAAUUUAGUGUUUAACUACUUACUAUGUCUAAAAAAAAAAGAAGUAUCAAGGGAUAAUUUAAUUUGAUUCCUUAUAGAAAAGCUUCUAAAUGUGCAAUUUGAAUAUUUUAUUUUAGUUUCCUCAUGAGCUGUAUACAUUUUGUUCUGCAUAAUUUUUUGAAAAAUGAAAUAUUUGAUUUAUAUAUGUCACUAGCUUGUUUUAUUUAUAGUAGUUAAAAAUAGUUUAAAACUGGUAUGUGAUAUAUGUGCACAGUUUAUUCUAACAUACUUCAAAAUUGGAUAUUAACAGUAAAUGGUUAAAUGAUAUAUUUGAUAUUGUGUUUGAACAUAUAGGCAUAUAUGUGAUAUUUUACUGAGAUAACUUGUAUGACUAAUAUAAGUUCAUGAUAUAUACAUGUAAUGUUCUAUGUUGUCUGUAAUACAUGUUAUGUAACAUUUAUGUUGUUAUUGAAUUGAUAGAACCAGCAUGAUUUUUUGCUCUUUUUUCUACUACAACAAUUUUUUUUAAAGAAAAAUUUCAAAAAAAAAUAUUGAAAUAUUAUUUUCAGAAUCACAGUUCAAAAUACCUCAUUUAAGUUUAUAAGACGUAGAUAUUUUUUCCAGUUUCAUUUAUACGGCUAAUGUAGUUAUCAUAAUUGGCAGAACACAUUAAAUAGCAAGAAAUGUAGCUGAAAUUUUCGCAAAUCAUGAAACAAGAUGAUAAUGUAUUAAACACUCUUUCUUUACAUGCUAUUAAAAUAAUCUUUAAAAUUGACAUUAAAUAUUUAUAAUGUCAUUUGCUUUUGUAAAUUUGCUAAUGUACGUCAAAGUUUAAUAGCAUUGUCAUAUUGAAUUAUAAAUUUUAUUCUCUUUAAACGAUAAUGGGCAAUACCAUUUAAAUGUUGUAAAAAAAUAAUAGCGAGAGUUUUGAAAAUAUUUUAAUUAAAAACGUAUGAUAUGAGAAUAGGAACCUGUUAUGUUCAGUUAUAAUGUUAAUUAGAUAAACAUUAACACAUUAAACUGCUCAAUAUGACAUGACAAAAAUAGAUCAAGAUGAAAAUUUGUUGAUUUUUUUUGUAAAUUUUAAUUGAUUGUGUCAAAAGCUUGCAGACUUUGUUUUCUGAGUUUAUAAAAUGGCAUUAGAAUUUAUAAGCAUGUAAACAGCUGAUGGGAUCUGAAGAUUCGAGAUGAAAAAAAUACUAAUGUAUCUUUGUUGUUGUUCAUUUUUUAUUUCUUUGUAUUUAUGAUGAAGAAAGACAAUGUUGCAUUAAUACAUCUGAUGUUAAAAUGUUAGUCUGUAUGGAAACAUGUUCAUUUUCUAAAUUUUAACCCUGUGUAACAGUGUGGUUUUAAGAUUUAUAUAGAAGUUACAAAUAAAGGGAAUUAAACAUGUAAUAUGAUCAAGUUAACAGCUUUGCAGAGGUAUGGGUGUUAAAAUUAUUUUACAAUUUAUAACCGGUACAUUGACGAUCUUUUCUCUCAUUUUUUUUUCUUUUUGUAUAUUUUGUUCCUUUUCUCAGAUUUUUGUACAUGGAGUUCAAUAAACUCUUUGAUUACAAUAUAGAUAACCAAGAAGAGAUUAAUAUGUAAAAUAGCUGUGUAAAAUUU